AUGUCUACUCAGUUAAAAAAGGAUAGGAAAAGAAAGCGUUCAACUACUGAAGACCAGGAGGUCUCAGAUUCUUCCAAGGCAAAACGUCAAGACAAAAGGGUCAGACGUGAGGGGAAGGAUGAACAUAACUUUUCCUAUCAAUACUCGCAAGUCUUACAACUGGAGCAUGCUGUUUCCAAAUUUCUGGAAUCUUACAAGUGUAUUGUCGAUCUUUCCCCAAACUUGAAAAUAUAUAACAAAUUCGUUGACAACAGAGAGAACAUACCAAUGCAAAUAUUACCUUCGUUAGCUCGUCAUAAAUUAAAGUUGGCUGCAGAAUUGAGGACAUUAUAUGAAUUGAAGGAAUCGCCUUUUUUCAAGGAGUGUUUGGAGUAUGAAUCAAAGUAUGAUGAGAGAGAUGCAAACGCAAUCUUUACCAAUAUCAAGACUGAAGACAUAGAAAAAUUGUCUAGUGAGUGUGUUGACUCUAGAGUAAUGCAGGACAAGCUGAAGGGAGGUGUUAAUGAUAACGGAAAUGAUGGUCCCGAUGGUGACGAUGAAGAUGACGAUGAUGCUGAGGAUAGUUAUGACCCCAGCAGAGAGUCAAAGGGAGGUAAAUGGCCACCAAAAUUACCAGAAAUCAAAGAUCCGGCUAUAAGGGCAAGAGUUUUCAUACAUAAGUCAAAUAUCAACGAUAAAGUAUACUUGAGUGAGGCAGAAAUGAUCAACGCACAUAAUGAGAGACUGGAAUUUUUGGGGGACUCUGUUCUUAAUACUAUAAUGACUAUGAUCAUAUACAAUAAGUUUCCCAAGUUCACUGAAGGUCAGUUGUCAACUCUAAGGAUGAACCUUGUUAGUAACGAGAGGAUUAAGACCUGGUCCUUCAUGUACGGCUUUGACAAGAAAUUGAGUACAAAUUUUGAUGUAACAAGUGACAAUGCGAGCUUUCAGCAAGGUAAGCAGAAAUUGUAUGCUGAUGUAUUCGAAGCGUACAUUGGGGGCCUCAUUGAGGAUGACUCAAGGCACAACAUGCCUAAAGUAAGAAAAUGGUUAAGCAAACUGUCAAAGCCGAUAAUUCAAAAAUUGACGGAAAAAAAUAUUGGACUUCAAGCUACAGACAACUUGAAUGUUAACGCUAAAAGACAGUUGUAUUCUCUCAUAGGUUAUGCUGCUUUAAACUUGCAUUAUGUGACUGCGAAAAGGCCAACAGCUAUAAAUCCAAAUACAGUCGUAGAAUGCCGAAUUGGGGAUGGAACUGUGCUGGGUAGUGGGUCUGGCCGAAAUACGAAGAUUGCAGGUAUAAGGGCAGCUCAAAAUGUGCUCUCGAAGAAAUCAGCACUCGAAAAGUACGCCAAGGCACGGGCCGCCAUUCCAAAGACAGAAUCCAUAGUAAGACAUGAUGACAAGUCCAUUAAGAAGAAUAAUCAACAAAAUGAGCCAUCAUCUGGAUCUUCGCCUAGUGGCAAUGCUAAUAAAAGAAUAAGAUUGGGAGGGGAUGGGCAGUUUAUUCUGGAGGAUGAAUAA